AUGAAUCGACUUCGCCCAUUACCGACGGAGCCGACCGAAAAAAAACCGUACGAAUACCAUGCGCUGCCUCCAGAGUGGGAGGAUGAAGCUCCGUCGCUGUCCGACUUCAAGCAGCUGCCGGAGGGUUUCGGCAAGAACCAGUUGAUGCAGACGAAUGAAGAGUUCAAAAGAAGCUUGAGAGGCAUCCUGCGACAGUUCCCUCCUAUAACGUAUGCGUUUGCCUACGGCUCUGGCGUCUUCCCUCAGUCAGCUGCAACAGCGUCGCGUACCACCAAUUCGCCUCAUCCGAACCCGCCUGAGGCGAUAUUGAAAUGGCAGAAAGGUGGUGGGAAAAUGAUAGACUUCGUCUUGACGCCGCGCUUCUCAGAGCACUUCCAUUCGCUGAACUUGCGCAGCCACCGUGACCAUUACUCCUUCCUAGGCUCCCUUGGCUCAGGAGUUAUAAACCGUGUGCAGAAACUGGGCGCCGGCGUGUACUUUAACCCAUACAUAACGGUCAAUGGCACGAUGAUCAAGUAUGCGGUGGUGGACUAUGACACUCUGCUUCGCGACCUUACCGAAUGGGACACGUUGUACCUCGCCGGACGACUACACAAGCCCGUCAAGAUUCUGUUCGAAGAGCCGAACAUCCGUGUCGCAAACCAGCGCAACCUCCUCUCCGCCGUCCGAUGCUCGCUCCUACUCCUCCCAACAAGCUUCACCGAGAAGGAGCUAUACUCUACCAUCACUGGCUUGAGCUACCAGGGCGACCCGCGCAUGCAGUACGGCAGCGAGAAUCCUAAGAAGAUCUCCAAUAUCGUCAACAACCAAUUGCGACACUUUCGCUACCUCUACCACGAUCUGAUCAUGCAACGCGCAAAUCAGGGUGGAUGGAAGAUGACAAGCUGGAUAUACAAGCUUGAGCAGGACAUGGAUCCCGAGCGACGCGGCAAUAUUGUUCGGCGGUUGCCCAAGAAAUUCAGGGAAAGGGUUUACUUCCAAUACCGCGGCAAGAUUGGCAUGUCCGGCCGCGAUUACCAGGAGAUGCUGGAAGCAGCGACGGAUGAGGAUGCGAAGGGGGGACUCAAGAAGCAGUUGGGAGGUGCUUUUGACAAGAGUCUAGCUGCGGAGAAGGAUCUGCCGCAGAUGGUGACGAAAGCCAUCAAUCAGACAGUCAAGUGGCCCUCGUCAAUCCAGAGCGCCAAAGGCAUACUCACUGCAGGCCCUGAGAGAGCGUGGCGAUAUCUGCAGGAGAAGAGGGCUAAGGGACGGGAGAAGUCGACUUGA